GAAAAAAGGAAAAAAAAAUAUUCAUGGACGAUCGUCGGAUCGUCGUGUGAGUUAAUAAGAAAACGAUUUUAUUUGCAGUGAGUUUAUAAUGUUCAUUUCAUAGCUUAGUGUUACGUUUCGAUCGAAGGAUAAUAUUCAACCGGAUUUCGUCAUCGAUAAUUCCAAUUCGCCUAAUGCACAUAACAAUGCACACAAUAAUAUCCGAGUGUUGAUUUUUGUAUCGUGAUGAUCUCAUUGAAAUUUCUUCUGUUCACAAAGUAAAGUCUAAAAAAAAUCCACUUCAUUUCUGAGUAAUUCGAGCAAUUUUCUUAUCAAAGUGAAAUCUUUAUCGCAGAGAAAAGCUAAUGUGACAACGGUAAAAUGUGUGUGUAAAACUGAUAAAAUACCAAAUUGACCAAUUUAUUGUGCUAGUGACAGAGAGAAAAAAAAUUAUAAAAAUAAAUUUCGUGUUCAGCUGAAAGAAUCAACAGCACCGUGGAUUUAUAUUAGAAUAUAUCAGCGCCAAUAUGAAGAAACAAUUGCACAAAAUUAAAAUUGCGGCUGAAAAUUUUUCAAGACCGGCUAAACCCGACAAAAACUCCGAAGAACUAUUGACCGCCGAUAGACAAGUGGAACGAUACAAAGAUGUGCUGGAGAAAAUUAGCAAAAAAUUCACACAAAACCCAGGAAUCAGUGCCGAUGCGAACGAUCCAGCCGCACGGGAUAAGCGAUGUAAGAAAGUGCAUGAGCAUCGUUUAGCACAGGCAAUGGAAGAGUCGACGAAAGAUCUACCAGAUGGUCUGCUUAGAAAUGUGCUGGAAAGUUGUGCCGAUCUUGAGAAACGAAUCGCCAAUGAAAUCGUCAGCCAUGAAUGUAAUGUGGAAAAUGAUGUUACCAAAAAGCUAGCUAACAUUAUGGAGACCAACAUAUCAUCGAUUCAGAAACAAAAGCGUAUAGUCACCAAAUUAAUGCAAGAUAACGAGUCAGCUAAACAUAAGUACCAGGCGGCCUUACGAGUUAAUGACAACGCCAGUAAAAUCAACCAGUUGAAAGAGGAGCAGGAAGAAUGCGAAACGAAAUUGGAGAAAGAGCGGGACAUUUGGGCAGCUGAAAUGUUUGAAUUAAUUGCCGAGGAAGAGAAUAUGGUCAGUUAUAUCAUCAAUUACGUCAAACAGCAGGAAAUUUACUACAAAAGUGCACUGAAAGAUAUCGAACGAGUGAUGCAGAGAAUGGAUGACAUGUUGAUGGAAAGCAAUAAACGCAUCUUCAAAGUAUCUUUGGAAGAUCAUUUGGCUGUGACGAAAAGGAAAAUAUCCCAAGUGAUUGAAUUGUGUGUCUGCUGUUUAUUGGAAAAAGGUCUUUACGAAGAGGGAUUGUUAAGAGUAGGCAGUGCUGGCAGCAAACUACGUCGUUUGAAGUCAGUAAUCGAUGCGAAUUACAUAACAGCCGCAAUGCCAGCUGAAUACCAAGAUGUACAUGUCAUCGCUGGUGUACUGAAGUCGUAUUUACGUGGUCUUCCGAAUCCAUUGCUAACGUAUCGGCUGUACGAUGAUUUCGUCCAGGCGGCUCAGCAACCGACGGAAGAUAAACGGAAAAAGGCUAUUUUGAAUGCAGUGAACCAACUACCUACCGGACAUUACUACAAUCUCCGUUACUUGACCAAGUUUUUGUCAAUUUUGGCGCAAAAGAGUCAGCACAACAAAAUGUCGUCGCAAAAUAUUGCCAUUGUGAUGUCACCGAAUUUACUGUGGCCACUGCCGGAUGCAAUCGAAACGGACUAUGUACAGGAAGUGAACAGCACAGCAGCGGUUAACACCAUUGUCGAAUUGUUGGUGUCCGAUUGGCAUUUCUUCUUCGACGGAGAAAUUGAAUUCUACGUGACGUUAACACGAGACGAACUAUUUCCCGACAAUGGUGGCUUUCCAUUCGAUCGCGAUCCCGACAAUAUGACAAAAUCAUUGCUUGUAACGGGUAGUACAACAGUUAGCUACCAAUCACAUUCCCGCAGCAGUAGUCAUGAUGCUAGUCUCAUUCUAAUCGACGAUACCAUCAAGCGAAGUCAAUCGAGUAGUUCGCUAUCGGACAAUUCUAGUCCACCGCAAAGUAGUCCUAAACCGACUGUUCGCCGAAAGCACAACAAACAGGUUGCUCCGACACCACCUCCAACGCAACUUGUGCCUCUACAGCGAACGGCUCUCACGGAAAAUAUCAUAAACGCCAAAACCAAAUUAACUAAGACCAACAGCGAUUCUGUGCAUAAUACACAUCCAGCCGCUACAGACGACUCAUUAAAUGGUCUGAUGAGACCACCGGAGUCGAAGUCACACAGUUCGUCUCAAACAACAACUGUUAUACGGGCGAAACGAUUCGGUAGCAAUGACAAUCUAUCCAAGCCUGAUAAGCCACCUAGGCCAGCUCAAUCGCCAGCUGAAUGUCAGACUUUGAACCGCAACACUUACCGAACGAAAAACGAACGAACAACAAAACCUGUUGCUUUACCACGAACUAGCCUGAGUGCAGCUCGGAGCAGUGAAAAUUUGUCGGACGGUAAUCAGAAUGAUGAAGAUAGUGAGUCGGUAAUAUACAGAGAAAAGACUGAUGCAACUAUGUCAGAGAAGCCAGAUAAGCCAGCUAUACCUGAACGACCGAUUUCACUGAUGAGACCUCCCAGUUUUAAAGGAACAUCGUCUCAAUCGCACGAUAAUGUUCCAACAUCUGAAACGCCCAUAAAGAAAACGCAAAGCUUUCGAGGAAGUUGUUCCGAUAGCAAGGCAUUGAAUGGCGGCAACAGCUUAACAACAUUGGAACGAACGCAUAUCUACAAUGUGGACAAGAAACAAGUGGCAAUAAUUGACGUAGGCGAUAGCAGUAACGGCAAGAAUCAGGCUACAAACGACACCAAAACGAACCCAGUACAGAUGCCGGCGACGACAUGUGCGACGGGUGCUUUAACCAAUGACGAUAAACCAGUAGACAAUAUUAUGACCGUAUCACAAACAGAUAUACCAAUAACACAUCAUGUACCACCGUCGCCACGAGGAUUUGAUCCAAAGAUUAAACGACCAGUAGUUCCGCCGCCAGUAGCACCACCGAUCAAUCGACCGAAAUCGGAUGGCGAUUCCACGAAUUUGUAAACGAAAGAAAGUCGACUUGACGAGACGGUGGCUUUGUAAGAGGUAAGGAAAGUGUUUCAUUCCUCGGUUGUAUUUCUUGUGGAAUUAGAAUGGUGGAGAAUUUAUUGUUGUUUGUUGAUGAUGAUGGCAAAGACUACGAGGCAUUUAGCGAGAUAAUUUCGUGUGAUUUGAUUUUACUUCCGACUGUAUUCGCUGCAGGUGCUUUAAAAGCUAACUGGACCGUAACAUUUCUCUUUUAUAUUUGGAAAUAAUUUUGUUUUUGUAUUUUUUUUUUUCCUUCGCUGUCGAAAGGACAACCACAAUUUAUUUACGAUGUGAUGUGUUAGUUAUUAAUCGAUCAGUUUUUUUUUUAAUUGUUACACCCGCUAUACACAUGUUCUAGAAAUUACUGAGAGUAAUGAUAAAGAUAUCAAUAAAAACAUACGAUUUAAGA